AUGGUGGGGGGUAAGGUGGAGGUUAAAGAUGGUGUGAUGGUGGUGGAGGUAAAGAUUGUGGUGGUGGGGGUGGUAGCAGAAAUGGGAGGUGGUGGAGGUUUCAGACCUACCACUUUUAUCCUUGAUGACGGGGGUAGAGGUGAGGAUGAUGGUGAUGCUAGAGGUGGAGGUGAAGAUGGUUGUGGUGGUAUAGUUAGAGGUGAAGAUGGUGGUGGUGGUACAAGUGAAGGUAAAUAUAGUGAUGUUGGUGGUGGUAAAGGUGGAGGUAAAGAUGGUGAUGGUGGUGGAGGUAAAGAUUGUGGUGGUGGUGGUAGCAGAAAUGGAGGUAAAGAUGAUGAUGUUGGUGGAGAUGAAGAUGAACAUGAUGAACUUUUC